CGCAGCAGCCAUUUUGUGUGGGGCCGAGCGUCCCGUGCGGGUUUGACCGCGGCCGCUUGGGCGGAGGAGGAGGCUGGGCCCUGCCUCCGUCCCGUUGCUCCGUAGGGAGCUGUUUAGCUGCAAGCCGGCCUCAGGGGCGCUCCCGACCCGAGCUGCAUGGGCCCCGUACUCCGCCCCGGCUUGUCUAACGCCACCUUUCAAGCGACAGGAUUAAAGGCCGCGCCAACCACUUUCCCUGGCGGGGUGUGUGUGGGGAGGUGUCAGGCGAAAGCUGCCUCCGCCUCGCCUUUUGUAUCCUUCAUCACAGAGGAAAAAGCUACUCCCUUGGGUGGGCUGUGAAAUGUGCGGGCUGAAUAUCAACUUUCUAAUCGAAAUAGAGGACACAUUCACUUCUGGUAGCAGCCAUUUUACUAGAAAGCGGCAGCGUCGGCCCAGGAGUCUCCACAGAGUAAUUAUGCAUACGAGGUGUGAAGUCUAAUCUAGGUACCAUAGGAAAUUCUGGUGAUUAAAGAUCAUGGCAACCAUAGAGGAACUGGCCCAUCAAAUUAUUGAACAACAAAUGGGAGAGAUUGCGCAUUCCCAAGGAACUGUUACUCAAACACUAAUGGAUGGGAUAGCACAAAGAAUACAAAUUGUCCCAGCGGAUUCAGGUCUCUCUUUACCACAACGCAUACAAAUUGUCACAGACCAGCAGACGGGCCAGAAGAUUCAGAUUGUUACUGCACUUGAUCAGAGCACAGCAGGAAAGCAGUUCAUCUUAACAAAUCAUGAUGGCUCUACCCCAAGCAAGGUGAUCCUUGCCAGACAAGAUUCCACUCCAGGAAAGGUUUUCCUAACAACUCCAGAUGCUGCAGGUGUCAACCAACUGUUUUUUGCAUCCCCCGAUUUAUCUGCACAACACAUCCAGAUUUUAACAGACAACACUUCCACUGAACAGACCCUAAAUAAAGUAUUUGAUCUCUGUGUCGUAUGUGGAGACAAAGCAUCAGGACGUCAUUAUGGAGCAGUAACAUGUGAGGGAUGCAAGGGAUUCUUUAAAAGAAGCAUACGAAAGAAUUUAGUUUAUUCAUGCCGAGGAGCAAAAGACUGUGUCAUUAACAAACAUCAUCGAAACCGAUGUCAGUACUGUAGGCUGCAGAGAUGCAUCGCAUUUGGAAUGAAACAGGACUCUGUUCAGUGCGAGAGGAAACCAAUUGAAGUAUCACGAGAAAAAUCUUCAAACUGUGCGGCUUCUACAGAAAAGAUCUAUAUCCGAAAAGAUCUGCGCAGCCCACUUGCUGCAACUCCAACUUUUGUAACCGACAAUGAAACAGCAAGAUCAACAGGACUGCUAGAGUCAGGAAUGUUUGUAAAUAUUCAUCAGUCCGGAAUAAAAAGUGAGCCUACUGUGCUUAUGACACAAGAUAAGGUUGAGGCCUGUCAAGGGGAUUUAAGCACACUGGCAAAUGUGGUAACAUCAUUAGCAAAUCUCAGUAAGUCUAAAGACAUGUCUCAAAGUAGUGCUGAGCUGUCUAUGAUCGAAAGUUUAAACAACGGAGAUACAUCAUUGUCUGAACUUCAUCAAGAAGAGCAAGCAAGUAGUGAUGUUACCAGGGCAUUUGAUACUCUUGCGAAAGCACUAAACCCAGGAGAGAGUGCAGCAUGUCAGAGCUCUGCAGAGACUGUUGAAGCCAAUGUACAUCUGAUUGGUGGAGAAACAAGCAUGAAUAUCGUUGAAAUAGAGGGGCCGCUUCUCAGCGAUGCACAUGUAGCUUUCAGGCUCACCAUGCCUUCUCCGAUGCCUGAGUACCUGAAUGUUCAUUACAUCUGUGAAUCAGCCUCCAGACUACUCUUUUUGUCCAUGCACUGGGCACGCUCCAUUCCUUCCUUCCAAGCUCUAGGGCAAGAUAACAGCAUAUCAUUAGUAAAAGCCUGCUGGAAUGAACUUUUUACACUUGGUCUUGCACAGUGUUCACAAGUGAUGAAUGUGGCAACUAUAUUAACUGCAUUUGUUAAUCACCUGCAUGGUAGCUUACAGCAAGAUAAGCUGUCUACAGAUAGAGGAAAACUAGUGAUGGAGCAUAUCUUCAAACUGCAAGAGUUCUGUAACAGUAUGGUUAAGCUUUGCCUAGAUGGGUAUGAAUAUGCUUAUCUGAAAGCAAUCGUCCUCUUCAGUCCUGAUCACCCAGGUCUAGAAAAUGUGAUACAGAUUGAAAAGUUUCAAGAAAAGGCUUACAUGGAGUUCCAAGAUUAUGUAACAAAAGCAUAUCCAGAUGAUACUUACAGGCUAUCUAGGCUUCUUCUCCGAUUGCCUGCCCUCAGACUGAUGAGUGCUACCAUCACAGAAGAGUUGUUCUUUGCAGGACUGAUUGGAAAUGUUCAGAUUGACAGCAUCAUCCCAUAUAUCCUAAGAAUGGAGACAGCAGACUACAACUCUCAAAUUAUUGGUCAUUCUGUAUAAAGAUGGAAAACAAGGAUUCUAUGCUGUGGUGACGUAAAUGUACAUCACCAUGGUAGUUAUGGCAUACUGUCUCCAAGAGAUGGCAAGAAGCCUUCCCCAGCAACUUUUAAAAAAUUAAAGAAGGCUAAAAUUCCUCCUUUCCAGUACAUUUGGGAAAUGCUGCAGAGUGUCUUGAGGGAUACAGGAUGACUUCCUUUUUUCUUCUAGUUUUCAAGGACUUGUAAAUUAUCUGGCAUUUAAUGAAAAUCAAAAAUUAUCCACCGUAUUUUUGUAGAUAGAUGAACCUGGAAUUUUGUUUAUGAAGUCCAAAACGAAUAAGAAAAUCCAGCCUGGUGAAGAAGAGUGUUGACUGAAUUAAGGUGUCACUAAAUUUUAGAAAAAAAUAAAUUAACCUUCUUCUCUGAGUUGUGUUUUCAGUGUUUUGCUAUAAUUCAUUCUCACUGAUACAAUGGAACAUGAUGGUCAGAAAUCCUAAAAAGGUAAAAAUAUUUCAGUUGAAGUGAGACCUUUGUAAUCAACUUCAUUUUUCUUUCAGCUACUUUGUAAAGAGCUGAAGUUCUUGUUUUAUGAAGUAGUUGGUACCAUGAAAAGGGCAGGGAAAUUAUAGAGAACACACAGAUUUUUUUUAAAAAUAUUCUGUUGAUACCUCGAUGCAGCGGAUCAUAGUCCACCUCCAUUAUUGGCAAUAAGAUUGAUGCUAUUCUGGAUGUCAAGAGUUUAAUAUGUUCUAGUGUUGUAUAUUGGCAGAUACUAGCUAUUUGUAUUAUACAGUGGGAAACUGACUAAGAAUAAACUAUUUUCCAAAAUAGUUUAUUACUAUAUCAGAUUUCUGUUGUAUUUUUCUAACUAAAUAAGUUUCUAGUACUGAUUGAACCUAGAGUACACUUUGUUCUGUGCCUGGUGGGCAUCAUUCUUCUAUUUAUCAUGACCUGAGGCCCUAUAAUGCAGGUUCUUCUAUUCUCUCCACCACAUUCUCUCUCUCCCUCAAGGUUUGAAUAAAUCUUUUCACUUCUUGUAAUAUAAUGUCAUGCUUCUGAUCAGAAGCUGAGUUUUCUUAGUAGGAGUAAUCUUAAACAAUAAAACAGAUAAAUGAAUAAAGGGAUUUUUAUUUUUAUAUUCAUUUUGUUCAUUUACCAGCAUUUAUUUUAACUGUUGCAGUUAUUAUUGCACUUUGGUGUCUUAUGGGCUUUUUUAAGGAGUGAAGCUUGCUUUGAAGUUUACUGCCGCUCAGAUAAAUGUACCAGCUUUAAUGAGUUUCAGUUCAAGUCCAUAACUUUUUUGUCUAAAUAGACACAUUUUUCUGGUCAACAGUGUCCACAGAUUCUCACAUCAUUGCCAUUCUGAUUGUUUUCGGUUUCAUACUGUUGAAUAGCUUCUGCUGUCUUCAGUUAAAUUUUUCUGAGCUAUGUUGAUGUUGGAUAGAAGGCUGGCCAAUUUCUUUCCCAUUUUGUUACAGUCCAGUAACAUCAGUUGACCUACUACUGAAAAUUAAACUCUGAAAAUUACUAUAUCAUGGGCAUUAAAGGUAUUUUUAAAAAAUUCUCUAGCUUGACAAGUUUUUUGGGGAUGUCCCCCACAACACAUACUUUAUUUAUUUUCAGCAUUCAGUCUUUAUGCAAUCUAACUAGUUUGCAUCUAGUCAAGACUUGUCAACCUAUGGUCUUUACCAGCCAAUAAAGAAUGGCCUCUUUGCCAGUUGAAGGAUAACAUUAUUUGCAACAGAUUUAUAACUUUGAUUUAAGGAAAAAAAUUGAUUUUUAGUAUAAACCGUUUGAAUGGAAAAGUGAAUAGUUUUGUACAUUUCAAUUAAAGAUGGGAGCACUGUUCUAAAUAAUGAACUGAGUAGUUCAAAAUAAUUUUUUCUUAAAAAUAUUUAUUGUACAGUGUGCUAGAUUAUGUUUCUUACUGGUACAUUUCCUGGUACAGCUUAAAGUUACAUUUUGAAUAGUUUCAAAAGAACUUCAUUGUAAUGUCAGCUGCAUUACAAACCAAUCCUGUCCUCUUAGUACAUUUGUUCUGUGUCCUCUGUCUUUAGUGUCACUGAAAGUCAUUUGUUUGUCAUUCCAUCCCCACAUCUACAUCUUACUGGUAGUUCAGUUUUAAUAUAAGCAUAAGAAUGUCACAGUGAUUGUCUUGCUGUUGUAUAAAAGCUACUGUAAAUGUCUUGAAACCUGACUAAAAUUGUAAAUUCUAUUUUGGCUGUAUUUUUUAAAAUAAAUUGUAACUUUUUAUUAUAGAAUAACAAUUGCAAUUACCUAUCAAUUUGUAGUAUUUUAUAUGAAUUGAUAAAUAGACUGUGACAGUGUAUUCAAUUUCUUAUAGGGUGUCUGGGUACACUAUUGUAGUGCAAUGUAAUAUUGUCAAUAAGAAGACAUUGGGACAAUGUUAGUAGUUUGGUAUUUCUAACUUUGCCAUUAACACUUAGUUUCUCUAUCACUUAGCUGUUAGCUUAUGAGUUUGCAUACAUAAUAUAUCUGAUAAUUUAUUGUAAAACUUUAAGCAGUAUCCUUUGCUUUUAAAGCACUAUACAUUGAUAAUUAUAGAAACGUGCCAUUAUGAGUUCUGAUAAUGGUUCAUGUCACAAAUUAUAAUUUAUAUUUCAGGAUGUUUAUUCAAUGCCAUCAGAACUAAAAGACCGGUGAAUCAAUUUUGGAUAAGAAGUAGGACAUUGCUGGAUUGGAAGAUUUUUUUGGUUUAAGACUGUAUUACAAAUUACAGCAGCAAUUCUAAUUUUGGUCUUGGUUUUAUCUCAGUUUUAAGUGUUCAAGGACACAAUAGUUCUUGGAGAAAUCAUUAAAAGGUCCCAUAUUUACCAUUGUGGAAUUGGCCUCUGGAUCCAUCUCUUGUUAAAGAAUUUAGCUUCUCACUGGUAGCUAAAAAAUUAAACGUCUUUUACAUUGCAACCAAAAGACAGUCUUCUGAAUGUAAACUAAUGUGGUGUCCACCAGUGUGUGCUGGUAACCUGAAACAAUAGCCCAAGGAAAUAAAUGGCAAUUCGUUCCGAGGAGCGUUAAGUCUGAAAUAUAGUUAUGACAAUAUAAGUGUCAGAGCUACCUGUUUCGCUGCCCAUCAUCUUUGCAGAAACAUCCAGUUAACGUGUUUAUUCCUCAUUUGUUGGGAACAGUGGUGGAUGUUGGCAUUUGAGUGGGUUGCCUGAUUGCAAGAGCAGGGAACAAGGAAUCUUACCCCAAAAACAAAACUAAAGCUGUGGCUCACUCUGGCCCCAGUGCCCACCUGAUCUCAACCCCUGCUGCCAGGUCCUGUUACCCAUCCCUGCCUAUCUCUAUACCUUAUCUUUCACCUCUGCUUCCUAAUCCAUUUUCCCUCACACAGCUUUGUGCUCACCUAAGAAGGGAAGAUAUGAGUCUGUCAAGGAGCUUUAGGGAAAAGAGUGAGCCUCUGGUGAAUCAUAGGAAGCUUGUUGGAGUGCAGCUUCUCUCCAGCUUUUUCUCCUCUGACAUAUUUCCUCCCUCAGCAGAAACUCCACAGUUUCUUCCAUGAGAUGGUCUGUGUCAUACACAUCCACUCUCCUUCUGUCCCUCCCCUGCUUAUUCAUACUCCCCCUAACACUUCCCAAAAUAUUUUCUACAUCCUCCCCAUCACAUGCACCCUGCUUUCUCCAUGGGCUCACUCCUGUUUCUCUAAUACAAUACACACACAGCCCACACCAAGCCAUGAAUGCCUCUGGACAACUCUCGUCCCCCCUCUGAUCUUCCUCAUACAGCCCUGCUUCCCUUAUCCCCAAGCACUUAAAUGCAAAGCCGUAGCUUCAACCUCAUAUUUGUUAAUUUACAAAUAACACAUCACAGACUUUUUCACUACAUGCAUGCCCAUAAGAAAUAUAUCGUUGUCUGAAGACAGUUACGGUUUUGCGUUUCAAUGUAAUUGUUAGAUAUUGGAUGUGUGCAUUGUGGCGUGAUUCUGUGGUGGAAUUGAAAAAGAGUCUGUUGUACAUCUCUGGAAUUUGUUGUUAUGCUUGAGUAUUCUAAUGUUUGGGUAACGUUAAAAUUGAAGAUGCUGUGGCUGUUGAUACUGGCUUAACUAGCAAUUGUUCUGAUUUUUAGUGAUUGGGUUGUUAGUAAAGGUUGCUCAGAUUAAAUUCCUAAAUUAACUACGAGUGUGGGGAUGGAGUGGGAGAUAAUACAGCUCAUUUCAUUUAUAGCAGAACACAUGAAUUGGGUAUAGGGAUUCUCCUUGUUAAAUAUUCUGAAGCCUUCAGAUAGUUGGAGUUUUGGAUAAUUGAGAGAGCCAAACUGCCAGGCCCGAAAGCCUAUCUUCAUACCAGCUUCCAUAAUUAGAAAUUAUUUGAUGAUACCAUUAGAUUAGCAAGAUAAUGUGAUUGAGAUAAUACUUUUUAUUGGACUUAAUUCUAUUGGAGAGAGAGAGAGAAGCUUUCAAGCCAGACAGAGCUCUUUUUCAGUUCUGGAAAAGAUACUCUGAGCACCACAGGUAAAUGCAGGGUGGAACAGAUUGUUUUAGGAUUGCCAGAUUUCUAAUGCCUGAAAACCAGACCCGCUGCCCUGCCUCUUCUCCCAAGGCCCUACCUCCUGCUCUGUCUCUUCCCUCGCUCACUCCUCUUCCUUCCCUCCUCCCCCUGUCAUUUUCUGCUCUCCCUUUCUCCUUGCUGGAGCCUUUCCACCUCCCUCCCCCACCAGCUGGGCUCCCUCCAGUCAGCGCCUCCUGCUUGGGAGAUGCAGGUAUUAAGUGGCCCCAGCUGAGCAGGGGUAGUGCAGGUUUAUGACUUGUUGCCUCUCUUUCCUGCAACUGAAGAUGGGGGGGGCUUAUGCCCUCCCCCUGAGUCCCUGGGCAGUGCAGAGAGGGGCCACUGCUUUGCCUCUUCCCCCAUAUCAGCCCAGGAGGCUGUCCUGGUUGUAGAAAAACCUGGUGGUCACAUGCGGCCAUGGUGGCUGCAUUUGAGAAACGCAUCUGUUCCACUCUGCAUUUACCUGUGGUGCUCGGAGUAUCUUUCCCAGACCUGAAGAAGAGCUCUGUGUGGCUUGAAAGCUUCUCUCUCUCUCUCUCUCUCCAACAGAAUUUAGGCUAUGUCUACACUGCACUUUUGUCGAUCAGGGGUGUGAAAAAACCCACCCCAACCAACAAAAGUUUUACUGACGAAAAGUGCCGGUGUGGACAGCACUUUAUCAUCAGGAGGCGCUCUCCCUCCGACAAAGCCCCUCAUUGGAGUUGGUUUUAUUUUGUCGGCAGAAGAGCUCUCUCCUGCUGACAAAGAGCAGGUACACUGCAUACCUUACAACAGCACAGUUGUCCCACUGAAAGUUGUGCAGUGUAGACAUAGCCUUAGUAUAAUACAAAAUAUUUCCCCACCCAUCUUGUCUCUUUAAUAUCCUGGGACAAACUUGGCAACAAUUACACUGCAUACAACAUAUUAUUAGAUUGGCAGGCAAACCCAAAACUGCUAACUCUGCAGCUUCUGUUGUGAAAAGGUUAGAUGCUCCACAGGACUGAAGCUCAUUCCCUGUGGAGCUGCUUAGAAAUUGUGCCCUGCUAAACUGCACAAGAGCUCUGAGAUCUAACCGUGAAAAACAGUGAAGCUGUGUGUCUCAUGUUGUGGCUAGUGGAGUUCUCGUAUUGGAAAGUGAGGGCAAUGGGGCAGAGUUCUGUUUUGAAUUGGAACCUUAAGAAUUUCCAGACUACCUGACACAUGAUUUUAGAGCUAUCAGUGAAGUAUUAAUUAUAAUUUUUCAAAUGUUUAUUUUUAACAUCCGAUCCAAAGUUUAUGACUUUCAAACAAUUGUUUGUUUAACUACAACAUUCCAAUUAUGUUUCAAAUUAAUGACUGUAUUAAACAACUAUCUAAAUGCAGUUUUUGGCAUGGAAAUAGAUUUAUGUUUAAUGAUGCCUACAUAUAAAGGGAUUGUGUGGCUUUAAUUCAUGUUUGUAAAAGUACAUUGAGAUCUUUGG